GAAAUGCCAGUCAAACCCGUAGAAACCUGAUAUUAUGAUACUUGAAACCCAUAUAUUCGCUUUAUCUGGUUUUUAAUCUUCAACAAGAACUAGUCCAAACCAUAGCUCAUCUCAAAUCACAAACCUUGAUAGCCAUGGAACCCCAAAACUAAAGAAUAGAUCAAAUUCUUUGCCAUAAAAAUAAGUGAUGAGAUCAUCGGUUACAUCGCACACUCCAUUCGCGCCCUAGCUAUAUUUCUAAACAAAUAUUCAAGUAUCAUCUUAUAAUCAAUAAUUAUAAUUUAUAUAAUAAGAUAGUUAAAAAUGCUCUUAGUGACACAUAAUUUUUAACUUGGUAUUCUUAUACCACAUGGAUAUAGAGUUAGAAUCAAACCAUGAUAUCCUUUUAACCUUUUUAGAUCGUCAACGGUACUGGAGCGAGACCAUUGUUCUAUUUCUUCACAAAACUGAUGCACAUUUGCCAAAAAAAAAAUUCUUGCAUACAUAUAUAUAAAUACAUAUUUCUUCUAUAACAUCACGAUUUCGUCCUUUAGUACCAGUACAACAAGUUUGUAGUUAUCUAGAAAAUAGUAAUAUUAACUGUACUAUUAUGUAGUUUGAUAAAAGUGUAUUAAAGUAAUGUAAUAGCGACUACAAUAUGACGGCUAGGGCUUUGGGGGGUGAUUUUAGGGUUUUGGGUGAGGAAGUGCAGGAUGAGAAUAUGGAGGAGAUCGGGGAGCAUGGGAGACCGCCCGGAGAUCUACCGGAUGCUCCAGGCUCUUGGGUGAAGAAGGUAUUAGGGUGCAAUGAAGGAGGGAUGCCUGUACCGGAGGAAAUUGUGGACGAGACUUUUGUGGAAGCAAAUCUGAAACUAGAGUUCCCUAAUGGUGAGGAUGGAGAACCGGUGAUAACGAUUGGACAGGAGGUUUUGAGUGCUAUGAAUGGUUUAUGGAAGAGAUGUAUGAUUGUUAAGGUCUUGGGGAGGAGUAUCCCAUUAUUGAGCUUAACGAGAAGGUUGAAGGAGCUAUGGAAACCUGCGGGAUCAAUGUUUGUGAUGGAUCUCCCGAAGAAUUUUUUCAUGGUUCGUUUUGGAGUAGAGGAGGAGUAUAUGAAUGCGCUAUCAGGUGGCCCAUGGAGGGCUUUUGGGAGUUACCUUAUGGUGCAAGCAUGGACGCCCGAGUUUGAUCCGCUGAGGGACGAGAUAGUUACGACACCGGUUUGGGUUCGUUUAGCACAUAUCCCAGUUAAUUUUUAUCAUAAAACGAUACUGAUGGGGAUUGCCAAGGGGUUAGGAAAACCGAUCAAGGUUGACUGCACCACGUUAAAAGUCGAAAGAGCUAGAUUUGCGAGAAUUUGUGUGGAGGUUAACCUGAAUAAGCCAUUGAAAGGGACAGUGAUGAUUAAUGGUGAGAGGUACUGCGUAUCAUAUGAAGGAAUCUCGACGAUCUGCUCGUCAUGUGGUAUGUAUGGACAUCUAGCCCAUUCAUGCCCACGUAAGGUACUGGAGGAAACUCCUAUAAAUGCGGUUGUUCCAGUGGACAGGACACAAAAGAGUACGGAGGUUGCAGGUAUGGAUACAGAUUUUACCCUAGUGAGACAGGCGAGGAAAGGGCUAACUCAGAAUGGGCAGAGAGGAGUUACACUGCGGAGUAAUGAAAGUAGGGAGAUGGUAGGAAACAAGACGUUGAUCGGUAGUAAAAGUCGAGGGGUUCGUCAAGAGAAUAUGUCGGAGGACAUAAGGGUUUCAAAUAGGUUUGGAGGGUUGAAUGUGGAGGAGGAUAUGGAGGAACAAGUGGAGGAGAGUGGGAAUAGAGAAGAGAAUAAAGAAAAUGAGAAUACUACUAAUAUAGUUUCUGAAGGAGCGAGCAAAGAGGCUGGGAAGGAAUUCUCGUUUGGAAAGAAUGGGAACAGAGGGAACCGACAGCCUGCUCGAUUGGGUCCAAAAGAUAAGAAGAUUAGCAACAUGAGAGGCCUGAAUCCUCAUAAGACCAAACUGAGAAAUAUUGGGCCUAUGCGGGGUUUGGUGUUUGGCCCAAUAAGUGGGGAGAGUGGCUUGUCGGCGAGAGGGAAGAGACUACGAGUAGAGAAGGAAAAUGUCGGCCGACCAGGUGGUGUUUUCGCAGGAGAUGGGGAGCUAGACAGAAAUGAGAAGAAUGCUGGGCAUGUGUACGAUAAAAACAACACUCAGGUGCAAUUUUCAGAGAUGGAGAAUCUGAAAUUGAAUGAGGCAGAAGCUAGUGCGAGCCAAGGACGAGAAGUCCUGGAGAGUGUGGAGGCAUAACAUUUUGCCCCGGUGAUUCUAUCUAUUGAUUAU